AUCCGAAAUCACUUGGCAACGUUUACCCUGCACACAGACUAGCGGAUGUCUGUAAAGUAAACUGCAAGAGAUGGAUUACUAACAAAAAUACAGAUAGAUCUACUUGCACAAUUAAGUAUCGGAGAACUGACACCGUCUGGUUCACACGGUGUGUCGUUAUUCCAUUGUAUUAAGGGCAGUUAGAAAUGAUCACAGUUAUUUUUACUGUAACAUCAGCCAGUGAUACCUGUGACUGCGCGGCUAUUGUCGGGAAUAUACCUGAACUAGGAUCCUGGGAUCCGGCAAAGGGCGUCAUAGGCAUCCGUCAUAAUAACACAAAAUAUGCGGCCACAGUAAACAUCCCCGAAGGCUUGAACAAAAUCGAGUUCAAAUGGAUCUUUUGGCAUGGAGGACACUUGAGUUGGGAAGUUGGUCGGAACAAGGUGAUAUAUGAUUUACCCAAGAAGGCUGGUUCCGUCUGUCACAUAUCCAAUGUGGUGAAUGGUCCGGCAAGAAAACUGCGUGAAAUAGAUCCUCCAAGCAGAUACAAUUUCCAAGGAAUUUCCAGAUGUUAUACCGACAUGACCAGAAAUAAUUGUGAACGAAUUUCGAGAUUCAUAAAGCCACAGGUAAAUGAACUGGAGCAGAAGAAGUCAGAUCCUGGGCCUUGGACUAUGUUUGCUGGUCCCACUCUGUGCAGCUAUGAUUAAAGAUUAUGGAUUGGUCUGGAUAUCAAAUCUAUUUCCAUUUGAAGAUCUUAAAAUAUUUCACUGUUUUAUUCCAUUUAUCUUAUUUGUUUAUUACAUCACAGUAUAUAUGUAGUUUGGCACAUUGUACUAUUGUAGACUUAACAAAUUAAUGUAAUUUGCAUCUGUUCAUUCUAGACCUACAUAAUAAAAUCGUUUUACAUG